AUGAUUGAACUCCACGGAAUCCUACUCAUCUGCUUGUCUGGAGUCAUAAUAUCUGUGAAAAGUACAGAAAUAUGUAAGCAAUCUAUAGCCAAAAGUAGUAACUUGAGUGCUUCCAGCGAAUACGGAAAAAAAGACUCAAAACACGUGUACGGAGCAGAACGGGGGUACCUGGAUACGAAGGAGGAGGUUAUAAAAGGAAUCACGGAAAUAGGAGGCUGGGCGGCAGCCACCAAUGAUCAGCAUCAAUACAUACAGGCAACAUUUUCACAACCCCAUUUAAUACGUGAUAUUAUUACCCAAGGCCGCCAUGGAUGUUGCAAACAGUGGGUAACAUCGUAUACUGUGCAGUAUAGUUAUGAUUGCAAGCAGUGGAAAACAGUUGGUGGCGCCAACGCUACGGUUUUUCAAGGAAACGUUGACGAAGACAGCAAAGUCACAAACCAGCUGUCAUGUCCGAUAUGGGCAAGAUGUGUUCGACUCCUUCCAAGAACUUGGAAUCACAACAUUGCAAUGCGACUCGAUUUUUUAGGAUGUCCCAUCAAAAUGCCAGGCCCUGCUUCAAGUAAGACCAACUCCAUGAAAGCUCCACCCUCACCUUCUUCCACUGGGAACACUGUAACAUCCUCCACAGCUUUACCUGUGACUCCGUAUCAACUUCCGACAGGAGUAGCAUCUAACUAUAACCCCCUCGAUCCGGCGGACUGCAAACGGACUCUUCUGGUGUACAACUGCAGCGUUACGAUAAUACGUCAACACUGCAAACAUUCUUGUGCCAAUCCUACCAAUUCAUCAACACCGACGGCGAAUGUAACCAUGACAACAACAGCAACAUCCAGUGGUCUCAGCACAAAUUCCUCAGUAGCAACGUCGAGCAACCCAGCCAAUCCUACCAAUUCAUCAACACCGAUGGCGAAUGUAACCAUGGCAACAUCAGCAACACCCAGUGGUCUCAGCACAAAUUCCUCAGUAGCAACGUCGAGCAACCCAGGGAAUGCUUCCUCAGCCAUCAUUCAGUCAACGUCUUCAGCAAGUGCAGGCACCGCCUCCACUACUACGGGACCAACCCAAGGCGUCCGUCUUCCUCCCAGUGCAUCACGGUGUGACGAGUACCUCGUCUCUGGGAUCAAAGGAGUACCAGACAGCCACAUCACUGCUUCUAGUGAAUACGGCGCAACUGACCACAAACAUGACUACAGCGCUCCCAGAGCACGCCUCAACAACACAGAAGUUAAGACGCCACAUGGGGUCACACAGAUGGGGGCAUGGGCAGCAAACAUUCUAGAUAAGAACCAAUAUAUAAAGGUGGAGCUGAACAUGUUAAGUACAAUUAAGGCCAUCGUAACGAAAGGUCGGGAUGGUUGCUGCAAGCAGUGGGUAACAAAGUUCACUAUGAUGUACAGCGCAGACGGAAAUCACUGGCAGGAAUAUGGUGCUCAAACUGCACAUAUUUUCAAAGGUAAUUCAGAUGAGAAUACACCAGAAAUCAACACACUGCCAUCUCCAGUACAAGCAAAAUAUGUAAUGCUCCAUCCUCUGCAAUGGAAUCAUCACAUAGCCAUGCGCUUUGACUUGAUUGGCUGUGCAAUUCCACAACAGGCCACAUCAUCCUCUUUGCCUGCUUCUAUCCAAUCAACAAUGUCUUCCACAACAUUAUCUACAGGAAUAAAUACAUCUCAAGCAAUAAUUUCUCAGACAACUGGUGGAUCAUCAUCUGUUAGUGGAUCUUCAGUUACAACAGGUCAAACCACUGGAUCCUCAGUCACAACAGGUCAAACCACAGGAUCCUCAGUCACAACAGGACAAACCACAGGAUCCUCAGUCACAACAGGUAAAACCACUGGAUCCUCAGUCACAACAGGUCAAACCACAGGAUCCUCAACCACAUCAGGACAAACAACGGGAUCCUCAGUCACAACAGGAAAAAUCAUAGGACUCUCAACCACAACAGGACAAACAACAGGAUCUUCAGUCACAACAGGUCAAACCACAGGAUCCUCAGUCACAACAGGACAAACCACAGGAUCCUCAAUCACAACCAGACAAACCACAGGAUCCUCAGUCACAACAGGUCAAACCACAGGAUCCUCAGUCACAACAGGACAAACCACAGGAUCCUCAGUCACAACAGGUCAAACCACAGGAUCCUCAAUCACAACCAGACAAACCACAGGAUCCUCAGUCACAACAGGUCAAACCACAGGAUCAUCAGUCACAAGAGGACAAACCACAGGAUCCUCAGUCACAACAGGUCAAACCACUGGAUCCUCAAUCACAACAGGACAAAUCACAGGAUCCUCAGUUACAACAGGGCAAACCACAGGAUCCUCAAUCACAACAGGACAAACCACAGGAUCCUCAAUCACAACAGGACAAAUCACAGGAUCCUCAGUUACAACAGGACAAACCACAGGAUCCUCAGUUACAACAGGGCAAACCACAGGAUCCUCAAUCACAACAGGACAAACCACAGGUUCCUCAACCACAACAGGACAAACCACAGGAUCCUCAGUCACAACAGGACAAAGCACUGGAUCCUCAAUCACAACUGGACAAACCACAGGAUCCUCAGUCACAAUAGGACAAACCACUGGAUUGUCAGUCACAACAGGACAAACCACACGAUCCUCAAUUACAACAGGACAAACCACAGGAUCCUCAAUUACAGCAGGGCAAACCACAGGAUCCUUAAUCACAACAGGACAAACCACUGCAUCUUCAGUCACAACAGGUCAAACCACAGGAUCCUCAAUCACAACAGGAAAAACCACAGGAUCCUCAACCACAACAGGCCAAACCAUAGGACCCUCAGUCACAACAGGACAAACCAUAGGAUCUUCAGUUACAACAGGACAAACCACAGGAUCCUCACUUACAUCAGGACAAACCACGGGAUCCUCACUUACAUCAGGACAAACCACUGGACCCUCAGUCACAACAGGACAAAGCACAGGAUCCUCAAUUACAACAGGUCAAACCACAGGAUCCUCAAUCACAACAGGACAAACCACAGGAUCCUCAGUCACAACAGGACAAACCAUAGGAUCUUCAGUUACAACAGGACAAACCACAGGAUCCUCACUUACAUCAGGACAAACCACAGGAUCCUCACUUACAUCAGGACAAACCACAGGAUCCUCAGUCACAACAGGACAAACCACUGGAUCCUCACUUACAUCAGGACAAACCACAGGAUCCUCAGUCACAACAGGACAAACCACUGGAUCCUCAGUAACAGCAGGACAAAUCACUGGAUCCUCAACAGGACAAACCACAGGAUCCUCAGUCACAACAGGACAAACCACGGGAUCCUCAGUCAAAACAGGACAAACCACGGGAUCCUCAGUCACAACAGGACAAACCACAGGAUCCUCAGUUACAACAGGACAAAGCACUGGAUCCUCAGUCACAACAGGAAAAACCACAGUAUUUUCAAUUACAACAGGUCAAACCACUGGAUCCUCAAUCACAACAGGACAAACCACAGGACCCUCACUCACAACAGGUCAAAUCACAGGAUCCUCAAUCACAACAGGACAAACCACAGGAUCCUCAAUCACAACAGGCCAAACCAUUGGACCCUCAGUCACAACAGGACAAACCAUAGGAUCUUCAGUUACAACAGGACAAACCACGGGAUCCUCAGUCACAACAAGACAAACCACAGGAUCCUCUACCACAAUAGUACAAACCACAGCAUCCUCAGUCACAACAGGCCAAACAACUGUAUCCUCAGUCACAACAGGACAAACUACAGGAUCCUCAGUCACAGCAGGAAAAACCACAGGAUCGUCAACCACAACAGGACAAACUACUGCAUCUUCCGUCACAACAGGUCAAACCACAGUACCCUCAGUGACAACAGGACAAACCACGGGAUCCUCAACCACAACAGGCCAAACCACAGGAUCCUCAGUCACAACAGGACUAACAACAGUAUCUUCAAUUAAAACAGUACAAACCACAGGAUCCUCAACAACAACAGGCAAAACCAUAGGACCCUCAGUUACAACAGGACAAACCAUAGGAUCUUCAGUUACAACAGGACAAACCACAGGAUCCUCAGUUACAACAGGAAAAAACACAGUAUUUUCAAUUACAACAGGACAAACAACAGGAUCCUCUACCACAAUAGGACAAACCACAGGAUCCUCAGUCACAACAGGACAAACCACAGGAUCCUCAAUCACAGCAGGACAAACCACUGUAUCUUCAAUCACAACAGGACAAACCACUGUAUCCUCAAUCACAACAGGACAAACCACAGGAUCCUCAGUCACAACAGGAAAAACAACAGGAUCAUCAACCACAACUGGACAAACCACAGGAUCCUCAGCCACAACAGGACAAACCACUGGAUCCUCAACCACAACAGGUCAAACAACUGUAUCCUCAGUCACAACAGGACAAACUACAGGAUCGUCAACCACAACAGGUCAAACCAUAGGAUCCUCAACCAGAACAGGUCAAACCACAGGAUCCUCUACCACAACAAGUCAAACCACAGGAUUCUCAGUUACAGCAGGACAAACCACUGUAUCCUCAAUCACAAGAGGACAAACCACUGGAUCCUCAGUCACAACAGGCCAAACCACAGGAUCCUCAACUACAACAGGUCAAACCACAGGAUCCUCAGUCACAACAGGACAAACCACUGCAUCCUCACUUACAUCAGGACAAACCACUGGGUCCUCAACCACAACAGGACAAACCAUAGGAUUGUCAACCACAACAGGACAAACCACAGGAUCCUCAGUCACAGCAGGACAAACCACUGUAUCCUCAAUCACAACAGGACAAACCACUGGAUCCCCGGUCACAAAAGGACAAACCAUGGGAUCCUCAACCACUACAGGUCAAACCACUGUAUCUUCAUUCACAACAGUUCAAACCAAAGGAUCUUCAACCACAACAGGCCAAACCACAUCAUCCUCAGUCACAACAGGACAAACUACUGGAUCCUCAAUCACAACAGGUAAAACCACAGGAUCCUCAGUCACAACAGGACAAACUACUGGAUCCUCAAUCACAACAGGUCAAACCACAGGAUCCUCAGUCACAACAGGACAAACCACGGGAUCCUCGACCACAACAGGACAAACCACAGGAUCCUCAGUCACAACAGGACAAACCACUGGAUCCUCAGCCACAACAGGACAAACCACGGGAUCCUCAGUUACAACAGGACAAACCACGGGAUCCUCAGUCACAACAGGACAAACCACGGGAUCCUCAGUUACAACAGGACAAACCACGGGAUCCUCAGUUACAACAGGACAAACCAUGGGAUCCUCAGUCACAACAGGACAAACCACGGGAUCCUCAGUCACAACAAGACAAACCACGGGAUCCUCAGUUACAACAGGACAAACCACGGGAUCCUCAGUCACAACAGGACAAACCACGGGAUCCUCAGUGACAACAGGACAAUCCACGGGAUCCUCAGUCACAACAGGACAAACAACUGUAUCCUCAGUCACAACAGGACAAACCACAGGAUCCUCAGUCACAACAGGACAAACCACGGGAUCCUCAGUUACAACAGGACAAACAACUGUAUCCUCAGUCACAACAGGACAAACCACGGGAUCCUCAGUCACAACAGGACAAACCACGGGAUCCUCAGUCACAACAGGACAAUACACGGGAUCCUCAGUCACAACAGGACAAACCACAGGAUCCUCAGUCACAACAGGACAAUACACGGGAUCCUCAGUCACAACAGGACAAACCACAGGAUCCUCAGUCACAACAGGUCAAACCACAGGAUCCUCAGUCACAACAGGUCAAACCACAGGAUCCUCAGUCACAACAGGUCAAACCACUGUAUCCUCAGUCACAACAGGACAAUACACAGGAUCCUCAGUCACAACAGGACAAACCACAGGAUCCUCAGUCACAACAGGACAAACCACAGGAUCCUCAGUCACAACAGGUCAAACCACAGGAUCCUCAGUCACAACAGGUCAAACCACAGGAUCCUCAGUCACAACAGGUCAAACCACUGUAUCCUCAGUCACAACAGGACAAUACACAGGAUCCUCAGUCACAACAGGACAAACCACAGGAUCCUCAGUCACAACAGGACAAACCACAGGAUCCUCAGUCACAACAGGUCAAACCACUGGAUCCUCAGUUACAGCAGGACAAAUCACUGGAUCCUCAACAGGACAAACCACAGGAUCCUCAGUCACAACAGGACAAACCACGGGAUCUUCAGUCACAACAAGACAAACCACAGGAUUUUCCAUCACAAAUAUUGGAUCUUCUUCUACUAUUGGAUCAUCAGUUACAAUAGGACAAAAAAAUUCAAAUACUAAUGCUGCACAAUCAACAGGAUCACUAAUCAGUACUUGGCAUCCAACAACAGGACAAACAACUCAAUCCACAAUAACAAGGCCAUUAGUAGGAUCAUCUAUCUUGACAAUCUUAAGUACAGGAUCAUUACCAGUCACAGGUUCCUUAGUCGCAACAAAAACUAAAGGAUCCUCCAUUACAGCAGGACAGUCAUCAAGAUCAUCUACCACAACAGGGCAAACCACAGGGUCAUCUACCACAACAGGACAAACCACAGGGUCAUCUACCACAACAGGGCAAACCACAGGGUCAUCUACCACAACAGGGCAAACCACAGGGUCAUCUACCACAACAGGGCAAACCACAGGGUCAUCUACCACAACAGGGCAAACCACAGGGUCAUCUACCACAACAGGGCAAACCACAGGGUCAUCUACCACAACAGGGCAAACCACAGGAUCCUCUGUCACAAAAGGACAAAUUACAAUUUCUACUUCAUCACCUACCUCAAAGGGUGCUUAUUCUAUGCAAUCAACAAUACCGAUCACCAAUCAAUCAACAACAAGUAAUAAUUCAACAGCCCAGUCCUUAACACAAUCAACAGUAUUUGUCCUCCCAUCAGUAGUUGCUUCAUUUUACAACCCACUUGAUCCCCAGGAUUGUAAACGUUCCCUUGCUGCCUUUGGAUGCUCUCAGCCAAUCAUGCUAACACAUUGUUCUCAUUCCUGUGGUGUAUCAAGCUCACCCUCACCAGCCACAUCCCUUGUUACACAAUCAACAACUUCAACCCCGAGACCAAACAUACACCAAUCAACAGCAAGUGGAACACACCAGCCAACAUCUCGGAUGUCAGUAGGCUCAACAGUUCAUACCAUGUUGACAACUGUGAAAAAGAAGACAACAGCAAAGAUUCUGCCGACAGGAAUGGCCUCCUUUUAUGACUCGAGAGACCCGGUAGACUGCAAAAGAACACUGCUUACCUAUCCCUGCAGCAUGUCCAUCAUACAAAUGCACUGCAAAUAUUCAUGUGCAUCACAGAAGAAGCCAAAUGGAUAAACUCUACAUGGAUAAACUCUACAGUGUCGAAAAAUACCAGCAGCCAUGCUUUAUAAAAAUAAAAACUUCUGAACAAUAUAAAGGGUGUUGUGUUGACCUGCCAAGUAACACUUCCACUGGGCUUUA